CCGCCGAGUUCCGCGUUGCAGAGGAUUUAAGUCCUGCAGCGUUUCCUCCACCUUCUGCUCGCAGGCUGCAGGAAACCACCCGUCACCAUGUCCGACCGAGGAACCUUCGACACCAACGUGGUCACCAUGACCCGGUUCGUCAUGGAGGAGGGCAGGAAGGCGAAGGGCACGGGAGAGCUGACCACGCUGCUGAACUCGCUGUGCACGGCGGUGAAGGCCAUCUCCAGCGCUGUGCGCAAAGCCGGGAUCGCCCACCUUUACGGCAUUGCUGGCAGCACCAAUGUGACAGGUGACCAGGUGAAGAAGCUGGACAUUCUGUCCAACGAUCUGAUCAUCAACAUGAUCAAGUCAUCUUUUACCUCCUGCGUGCUGGUGUCUGAAGAGAAUGACGAAGUCAUCAUUGUGGAGCCAGAAACGAGAGGCAAAUACAUUGUGUGCUUUGAUCCUUUGGACGGCUCCUCCAACAUCGACUGCCUAGUCUCCAUCGGUACCAUCUUCGCCAUCUACAAAAAGACCACAGACAAUGAACCUUGUGAGAAGGACGCCCUGCAGCCCGGCAGGAACCUUGUGGCAGCAGGUUACGCCCUGUACGGCAGUGCCACCAUGAUUGUGCUCUCCACCGGCCAGGGAGUCAACGGCUUCAUGCUCGACCCAGCAAUCGGAGAAUUUAUCCUGGUUGAUCGGGACGUGAGGAUCAAGAAGCGAGGAAAGAUUUACAGCUUGAAUGAAGGAUAUGCGAAGCACUUUGACCCCGCUGUCACGGAGUACCUGCAGAAGAAGAAGUUCCCUCAGGAUGGCAUUGAGCCUUAUGGCGCCCGUUACAUUGGCUCCAUGGUGGCAGAUGUUCACCGGACGCUGAUGUACGGAGGCAUCUUUUUAUACCCGGGAAAUGUGAAGAGCCCCAAGGGAAAGCUGCGGCUGCUGUACGAGGGCAACCCCAUGGCCUUCAUCAUGGAGCAGGCGGGCGGCAUGGCCUCCACCGGCCUCGAGGACAUCCUGGACAUCCAGCCUGAGAGCAUCCACCAGCGGGCUCCCGUGGCUAUGGGCUCCCCUGAGGACGUGCUGGAGUACGUCGCCAUCUGCCAGAAGCAUGCCAAGAAGAAGUGAGACUACACCAACUCACUCUCUUAACCAUCACUGCCCAGUUAAAAACCUUGUAUCUCCAAACUGUCUGCUCUGCAGGUACUGAGAGAGUUGGCCCUUUAUUAAGCUUAAUGUAAAUUUAUUUUGGAUGAUGUCUAAUGGAGUUCGAAAAGGUUUCUUAAGGCCACAAAAGACAGGGCAUUUUCUCUGUGAAAUCAGCUAAGAUUUAGAGUUACAAGGUUUUCAUGCCAUAACCAGCAAUGUUCAUGUUCUAUUUAUAGAAAGCUGACAGAUAAUAGAAAGAAGGCGGCUCAGUGGAGACGUGAAAACUGUGGUUCAUAAGCUCAAGUACACAAACGCACACAUUCCACAAAAACUACCAAAGA